AGUCUAACAAGUUCGUCGAACGCCUUCCAUAUGAUGUCAUGACGAUUGGCAAUCACGAGUUAUACGUUUAUGAGGAUACCUAUGACAUGUAUGAGAGCUUCAUCCCCCAUUUUGAGGGACGUUAUCUCACCUCAAACGUCAAUAUUACCAUCCUUAACUCUGAUGGAGAGGCCGUGAGCGUUCCUGUUGGGAGUCGGUAUGCCAAGUUUACAACCGCGAUGGGACGGGGUGUGACCUCCCUUGGCGUGUUGUUCGAUUUCACAGGAAAUGCGCACAACACCACUGUUCAGCCGGUAGCUAAAAUGGUCAAGGAACCUUGGUUUGCAGAAGCGAUUGCGGAAGAACCCGACGUCAUUGUCCUUGUGGGUCAUAUGGCCGUGUCAAAUGAUAGUUGGCCAGUUGUCUUCAACGCAAUUCGUGCUGUGCACCCUUUGACCCCUAUUAUGAUCUUUGGAGGACACACUCAUAUCCGAGAUUGCCAGCAGUACGAUGGCAGGUCUAUGGGAAUGGAGAGUGGGCGCUACAUGGAAACCAUCGGCGCCAAUUUAAAUGCCGGGAAGGACAACGCGAACGACAUUAAGUUCAGUAGGAGGUAUUUGGAUCAGAACAGGGUUACCUAUCAGUACCAUACGAAAACUUCCAACCUCACUUUCGACACGCGGUAUGGUCGCUCCAUCACCGAAGGUCUCCAUGACCUCGCAGAACAGUAUGGCCUUUCUUACCAGUAUGGCAUUUCUCCUCGAGACUACACGAUGACACGCGAUCCAUAUCCAUCUGAUGGUUCCCUUCUGACCCUCUUUAUCGAGGAUCUGAGUAUUAAUAAACGCAGCUUCCGUUCUCCUCUGACUCCCUCAAAAUUAACAACUCCCGCGCCGACAUACCCAGUCUCUUCAUUGCGACCUCCGGGAACCCUGCGCUUCGACAUUUUCAAGGGUCCCUUCACGAAGAACGACCAGCUCACAGCCUCGCCUUAUCCUGACCAGUUCCUAUACAUCUCCGGGGUCACCUUGCGGGUCGCUAACCAGAAGCGUACAGAGAUGGACGCGAAAUCGUGGGAGCUUGGUUAUGUCGACAAUCGUUUCCAGACAUGGCUAGGGGAGACGGAGAGGCAUACCACACACGGAAAACCUGGAAGACACGAUUUGAACUUCGGUUAUGUCACCGUUGACUCAUGCCCCGAAGAUGGCGACGACACACUUCACACCCUCCCUCCUUCCUAUGACAUCCCCGACUAUAUGAUGUCCUCUCCUCCCAACGUGACGGACGACACGCCUAUCGAUCUCGUCUUCGUCGACUUUAUCGAGACACCCGUCUUGAGUAUCCUGAACGAGCUGCAGAGCGAGAAGAAGUAUUCAAAAGAUGACAUAUCGCUGUACAACCCAGUGAUGUCGAAUCAAGUGUUUGGACUGUAUGCACAAGCGUACUGGAAUUAAACACUGUUUGUUGGAAAAUGUAUGAUUGCUCGUACCACAUACGUACAGCUGCUGUACAAUCGAAAUUCAAACCUUGCGUGUUCACGUGACCAACUGCUUACAUACACCAGGGGACGGGGUUGCCGCCGGGGUCCUUGCUCGCUUUGGGGGAGAUAGGGUGCAGUACACUUGCUCAUAAUGCAUAACAUCGGACCAGCAGAAACUGACAUCUGGUACUGCAAAAAAAAUUGAAUGAUGGAAGGAAAC